GCAGCACGCCUGGCGGACGCUUGCAUGAUGAGAGUCGAUGUAGAAGGCGUAACUUCAGCUAUGUGUGCCUUCAUCGUCUCCAGGGCUGUCCACUGACAUGCUCUCUUUCGACUUCUCGCUUCAACGCCUACGUUACCGCUAUGCGACGCCCGUAUUCCUCGUGCUGAACAGCUGAAGCCCAUUCUCAUACCCCCAUCAAACCUAUAUCAGCCCAUUGACUUGCAUCCCGAUCUGCCCUCGAACUAAUCUAGACGGAGUUACGCAAUCGAAGGUUCAAAAGUGGCAGCCUAGUUCUUGGAUAGUCCCUAUAGGAUCUCGAAUCCGCCCCAGCCGCGCUUACGCGGGGGUCUCCAGUCCGACCUAACUUGAGAUUCAAGCACCUUCUUUGUGCCUGGGUCGCAUACUGUGUUUGCGAAGAUGACUCGAGUCGAAUCUGAGUCGCCAGACGAGAGCUUUUUCAACGACCUGUCCCAGCAAGGCCCCGAUGCGAACAAUCCCAACGGCCAGGAAGCGCAGGCUGACAGCGCAAGCAGACCUAAGAGGAUAGCUUGCGUUUUGUGCAGGAAGAGGAAGCUGCGAUGCGAUGGUGCGCGGCCUUCCUGCGCGACCUGCAGGCGGUUAUCCCACGAUUGUGCCUACGAUGAGGUGCGCAAGAAGAGUGGACCUAAGAGAGGCUAUGUCAAGCUUCUUGAACAACGUCUGCAACAAGUCGAGACCCUGCUCAAGAACCAAGAUCCUACCGACUCGAGUAAUAACGCUGCAACGCGCCAGGACUCUACAUCCGCAUAUGUCGCGAACACGAUACAGCAAUCGCUACCGAAUUCGGGCGACUAUCUGAAUACUUCGGACCGGACGCAAGGAGCAGCGCAGGAGUCGCGGACGCCUGGAGUGGAACCAUUCCAGAACACAGGCGCAAGUGGCAAUAAUGGAGAGCAAGACUUCUCGUGGGAAAUGAUAGGCCUUGGGCUAGAGGAACCCUUACCGCCUCAGGAUGUCAUGGAUGACUUAUACCACAUCUACUUUACCAAGAUACACCCAUCGAUACCACUCAUCCACAGACCACGCUUCCUGGCCGCUCUAAAUCUUGCCCCUCACAUGCGACCACCAGUAUGUCUACGGUACAUCAUGUGGACUUUGGCCGCUACCGUUACCGACAAGUAUGAGGCACUACGAGAGCACUUCUACCAGCGCGCAAGAAAAUACGCUCAAAUGGAUGAAAUGAAAGGUCACGGAGAAUCCACCAUCACACUUGCACAUUGUCAGUUUUGGAUCUUGACAUGCACGUACGAGUUCAAGCACAUGUACUUCCCAAGAGCAUGGCUGUCGGCGGGUCGGGCUGUGCGAUUGGGCCAGAUGAUGCAGCUGCAUCGUUUGGACGGAGUCGGGCUGGACGUCAAGCAAUGCCUUCCGCCGCCAAAAGAUUGGACCGAGCGGGAAGAGCGCAGAAGAACUUUCUGGAUGUCAUUUUGCCUUGAUCGUUAUGCCAGUAUCGGGACUGGUUGGCCGAUGACAAUCGACGAAAAAGACAUCAUGACAAAUCUUCCAGCGAGCGAGGAUGCAUUUGACAAGAGCAAGCCAAUGCCUACAGGUUCUCUAGACCAAGUCCUGAACCCCAAUGGCGCCGCAAAUCUCCAGCCACUCGGCGGCAUCGUUUUGACUGCGGCAAUGUUUGGCCGAAACCUUCUGCAUUUACAUCGACCUGGACCGGAUGACAACGAUGACGAUAUCAACGGUGGCUUCUGGACCCGGCAUCGCCAGAUUGAGCAGAUCCUUCUCCAAACAUCGUUAGGUCUUCCAGAUCACUUGCGCUUACCGGCCGGCCUUGUGGAUCCCAAUGUUGUAUUUGCAAACAUGUGCAUCCAUACAUCAGCCAUUUGCCUACAUCAAGCGGCAAUUUUCAAAGCAGACAAGUACCGAUUGCCUGUUCAUGUCAGUAAUGAGAGCAAGAUCCGAUGCGUGACAGCAGCAGCAGAAAUAGCGUCCAUUAUGCGGAUGAUCAGCCACAUGGACCUAAGCGUGAUGAACCCAUUCAUAUCCUUCUGUGUCUACGUGGCUGCCCGAGUAUUCGUUCAGUACCUCAAGACGCGGCCGAACGACCAACAAAUGAACUCUUCAUUGCAAUUCCUCUUGCAAGCAAUGCAAGCCCUCCGCCGGAAGAACCCACUCACGGAAUCAUUCCUAGUCCAGUUGGAUCUGGAUUUGGAGAGCGCCGGCAUAUUGAAUAUGCAGCAGAAGCCCUACCUACCUCUAUCUACAGGAGUAAGUCAACCUACGCAGCCCAUGCAGGGCUUGAGCGACAGCGUUGGAAACCACUUCCAGCAUGCUGUUGAUACUUCCACUGACGUUAGAUGUAGUCCCCUCGUGGUAAUCCGCGAAUCGCAAAAUCCAUCUGCGGCCAUCAAUACGUUUGGCAACAGCAACGGAGCCGCAGGCGCCGCAACCGCCGCACAUCAGUUUACCAAUAAUACACCCGGCCCACCCUUCCACGUCUCGAAUGUUAACAAUGUCGAUAUGAAUGCGCAAACACCAGGCUUCCUCCAAUCCCAAUCUAGGUCCACAAGUUCCCAGGACUUCGUGCCUGCCGGGUUCGCCAUUCCCGAUGGAAACGAGAUGGAUGUUUCCGGCGACAGGAGUGUCGACCAGCCCAGUCCUGCAACCAUGAGCUCACAAUCAAGAGGUGGCUCAACGUCGCAUUCUUCAUACUCACCCGGCCAGCAAAACGAACACCACCUUCCCUACCGAGCGUCUCCAAAGAUGCCACUAAGCCAGAUGCGCGCUCCAUCUGGCGGCGCCGGCGCUGCGACCGCCUUUCCAAGCUUCGCCUCCAGCAGCGAGAUGUACACGAAUACAUUCAGCACGUCUGGCGAUAUGAACGAUGAUGGGUUCCAACAGGAGUUCUUGGUGGGCAACGAGUGGGAAUACACGGCAUUGAAUACGGGAACCGGUAUGACGCCUAUGGCUGAUAGUUCGGCAUGGGAUUCUAUGCUCGAAAGCGUUACAAUGGGUUGGGGCUCGGUAGGUCCUCCGAGCAGUCAUCACGCACCUGGUUCGACAUAG